GGUAGGACCCCGAGAUAGCGGCAAUCUCGUCACAUUAAUCGGCGUCGUCUCGCUGUGCGCUCCCGACUUUAUCAUCCCUCGUUAGUUUUGCACCAUCUUACUCACAACUCCCUUGACGUUCUCGCGAGUACUCUUGUGAUAGAAUCCGGUGUUAACUCUGUGCGUUGGCCUGAAAAUGGUGAAGCGGCCGAACAUUUUGAUCACGGGUACCCCCGGCGUGGGAAAGAGCACCCUGGCGAAAGAGCUCGCCUCCAUCACGGGGUUCACCUACCUGUGUGUGGGCGACCUCGCCAAGGAAGAGCAGCUGUACGAUGGCUUUGAUGCAGAACUCGACUGUCCCAUAUUGGACGAAGACCAGGUGGUGGACGAGAUGGAGGAAAAGAUGGCCGACGGAGGCGUAAUCGCGGACUAUCAUGGCUGUGACUUCUUUCCGGAACGAUGGUUUCAAAUCAUCUUUGUGCUGAGGACAGACAACACGCUGCUCUUUAACCGACUUGAACACAGGGGUUACAGCGGCCGCAAGCUGGAGGAGAACGUGCAAUGCGAGAUCUUUCAGACCAUCUAUGAGGAGGCCAUGGAGUCGUACCGUGCCGAAAUAGUUCACCAGCUGCCCAGCAACAACCCCGAUGACCUGGAGCGCAACCUGCUGCAGAUCCAGGCCUGGCUGCAGAAGUGGAUGCUCGACAAUAACUGAGGCGAUUGUUGUCUGAUGAGCGUUUUGCGAUCUGAUCAGUUACUCAUUAUUUACAGAAAGUGUUGAGAAUCAGAACGUCAACUGAUUGGGUGGCACGUAGGAAGCCCCGCUGCAACGUUCGGAAUCGAUAUCAACGCUUGGAUCGUGCCUUUUCUCUUUGCGGUCAUAAAUUCACCGCCUUUCCUUUCACUGUGUAGGAAUAAAGAAAUCGGUCGGAUGAUUCAUCGCCACCUAUUUGAAGCCUGCACCACUUACAUUGAUUGGCAAGACGGAGGUUAUUGCUGCCUGUGUUUAGUUUCUUUGCGCUUGGGUGCUUGCGAGUCUUUGCCAUUGACAUUGCGGGAUAUGCUGUGUGUGCGUGCAGCAGAGACCACACACUCGAGGUGUGCAGCAUAUGGUCUGGAAUGCUUUGAAACGCACAUUUCGAGGUAAGAUUGACAAAGGCACUGGAAUGAUGGGCCUUGCAUUAGGCAUUUGUAAAUAGUGCAGUUCAUGAGUUUAUUUUAUUAAAUCUUUGGGUUGUAGUGGCCUACGAUUAUCAUUGACUUUGUUCAAAUUUAAUUAUGUGGCAUGUGCCCUGUUGAGUUGCGAGACCCUGCCGAUGAAGUCCUAAAGAUUGCUUCGUUUGAAUGCAGCCAUUCGUACAAGUUGUACAUACAUAAGACUUCAUCGGUGCGAUUAAUAUUCAAGGCACAAGCAGCUUUGAACGCUGAACAAACAGAAAUAAGGCAUUUACUUUUAUGACCCCUGGCAGUCUUGAAUUGCCACCACCAUUUGUUAAAAUUUACUAUUUCUUAAAACUUGUUUUAUUUUUCAAUCGUGAUAAAGUCAUUAUGCUAUAUAGCACAGGAUAAAUAUAACGCUUUGUACAUGUAUAGUUAUAUACUGCUUUGUAUUUAUACGUGAAUCAUUUGUGUAUACAAUGCAAUAUACAUGUACAGCCCAUUAUUAAUUUACUGCCGGAUGAUGUUCUUUCCAUUGGGAUUUUGGCCAUACUUCCCCAUUCUGGUCUGUGGAUUGAAGCUUGGAAGUACAGUACAACAAUCUGUUACUGCACUAUCCUCUGCAACCCAUAACAUGAAAUAUGAACAUGUAUAUUUUUAUAUGUACACUAUAUUUCAGAGGUACAGAAGGUAAUAUGCGGAUGUAAACUGUGUAUUACACGACAUAAAUUAUAUUGAGACUUUCACAUCUUGUACGAUAAGGGACAUUCAGAUCCUGGCAGUCCCGCCAACCCAUCUGGGUGGCACUGGUGACAGAAUCCUCGUCAAAUCUGAUAGAAUAUUCCAGAAGCAUCUUCCAUUACAACAUCGGUCAUGCAUGACAAUUUCUUAAGGUUGAGAAUAACUUACUAGAAAUCUGGAUUUUUGUUUCCCGCUUCUGGUCACGGUUUUGGAAAGAAUGUGCAUGGUCACUCGUUGAAUACAGUACAUGGAUACGUGUGCUUAACUGGCAUUUGUGUAUGGAUUGUAAUAUGCAUAAAGGAUGUGUCACAUUAAAGCUUCCUGAACUGGA